CACACACUGGAGAGAAACCUUUUACUUGCUCUGUUUGUAAGAAAAGUUUCUCCACAAAGCCACACUUGACCAGACAUAUGAGAACACACACUGGAGAGAAACCUUUUACUUGCUCUGUUUGUAAGAAGAGUUUCUCCACAAAGCCACACAUGACCACACACAUGAGAACACACACUAGAGAGAAACCUUUUACUUGCUCUGUUUGUAAGAAGAGUUUCGCCACAAAACAAUGCAUGUCCAGACACAUAAGAACACAUUCUGGAGAGAAACCUUUUACGUGCUCUGUUUGUAAGAAGAGUUUCUCCAGUAAGCGAAAUAUGACCACACACAUGAGAACACACACUGGAGAGAAACAUUUUGCUUGCUCAGCUUGUGCUAAAAGAUUCUACUCUAAGAAUGACGUGAUAUUACACAUGAGAACACAUACUGGAGAGAAACCUUUUACUUGCUGUGUUUGUAAGAAGAGUUUCUCCACAAAACCUCAAAUGACCACACACAUGAGAACACACACUGGAGAGAAACCUUUUACUUGCUCUGUUUGUAAGAAGAGUUUCUCCAGAAAGCUUGACAUGACCAGACACAUGAGAACACACACUGGAGAGAAACCUUUUGCUUGCUCAGCUUGUGCUAAAAGAUUCAACACUAAGAAGGAAAUUAUAUUGCACAUGAGAACACACACAGGUGAGAAACUUUUUACUUGCUCUGUUUGUAAGAAGAGUUUCUCCAGCAAGCAAAGCAUGACCACACACAUGAGAACACACACUGGAGAGAAACCUUUUACUUGCUCUGUUUGUAAGAAGAGUUUCUCCACAAAACCACACAUGACCACACACAUGAGAACACACACUGGAGAGAAACCUUUUACUUGCUCUGUUUGUAAGAAGAGUUUCUCCACAAAGCCGCACAUGACCACACACAUGAGAACACACACUGGAGAGAAACCUUUUGCUUGCUCAGCUUGUACUAAAAGAUUCAACACAAAGAAGGGAAUUAUAUUACACAUGAGAAAACACACAGGUGAGAAACCUUUUACUUGCUCUGUUUGUAAGAAGAGUUUCUCCAGCAAGCAUCACAUGGCCACACACAUGAGAACACACACUGGAGAGAAACCGUUUAGUUGCACUGUGUGUGAUAAGAUGUUCAGGUAUAAGUGUCAGGUCAGUAGACACAAGUGUGUAACAGUCAUGGAAGCUGCAGGGAUUUAAAACACUUAAACAGUGAUUGUGCUAAAUGUAGUUUAAAAACACAGCAUGUUUAAUAAGAAUGUAUAUUUGAUGUUGUAUGUAGUGCUUCUCAUCUUCUAGUCUUAUAUGUUGUCCUGUACUUACUUUUUAAGUUGUGUGCAUGUAUUGAAUAUUAUAUAUGUAGCUACUAUUCUAUUUUAUUUUAUCAUUGUCGAAGAGAGGUCAUCUUAUAUUCAUGUGUUUUUUUUGGGGUCAUAUAAAAUCACACAUAUUUUCUAUUUCAUUUUAUUGAUGUUAUUAUCCAAUUAAAAGUAUGAAUGAAUAAAAUGGUUAAC